UGAAGAUCUGAUUUGAUCACCGUAUUACUGAGGUAGGUAAUCCACUGACUCGCGGUCAGUUCUCGAGGGCUCCCGUGUCUCACACCGGGACUGGACCAAGAGAGAGGUGGAGUCUUUGGGCUUUGAGCUCUAACUCACCCUAUGCCAAUUCCCCUCUCCACACUUUCUGCCUCCUUUCUCACACCACACUCGGACGGGACACAGCCUCGCGAUGGAGUCGGAAGGCAGCCAGAGUAACCUGUCCUCAUCGGACUCUCCCCACGACCCCUGCAAGAUGUUCAUUGGUGGUCUGAGUUGGCAGACAACGCAAGAGGGUUUGAAAGACUACUUCUGCAAGUUUGGUGAAGUGAAAGAGAGCAUGGUGAUGAGAGAUCCAGUUACAAAGCGCUCCAGGGGUUUUGGAUUUGUCACGUUUGUUGACCAAGAUGGUGUGGACAAAGUUCUGUCCCAGAACACACAUGAACUGGACUCAAAAACUAUUGACCCAAAAGUUGCCUUCCCGCGACGAGCCCAGCCUAAGUUGGUAACUCGGACAAAGAAAAUCUUUGUUGGUGGCCUGUCAGUGAACACAACUAUUGAAGAUGUAAAACAGUACUUUGACCAGUUUGGAAAGGUGGAUGAUGCAAUGCUUAUGUUCGACAAAACAACCAACAGGCACAGAGGAUUUGGAUUUGUGACUUUUGAGAAUGAAGAUGUAGUGGAGAAAAUCUGUGAGAUCCACUUCCACGAGAUCAACAAUAAAAUGGUGGAGUGUAAGAAGGCCCAACCCAAGGAAGUGAUGUCACCCACAGGUUCUUCAAGAGGUCGCGCUCGUGUCAUGCCCUAUGGGAUGGACGCCUUUAUGCUUGGAAUAGGAAUGCUGGGGUAUCCAGGGUUUCAGGCAGCAACGUAUGCCGGUCGCAGCUAUACAAGUCUUGCACCAGGAUACACGUAUCAGUUUCCUGAAUUCCACUUAGAGAGGACCCCCCUCCUGACAUCACCCCACCCCUCUGAGCUCACAGCCAUUCCUCUAACGGCGUACAACCCCAUGGCAGCAGCGGCUGCAGCAGCAGCUGUGGUCAGAGGCUCUACUCCUCGCUCAGCUGGGUUUCUAGGUACCAGCAGCCCGGGGCCGAUGGCAGACCUGUAUGGAACGGCCAGUCAGGACUCAACAGUCAGUAGCUAUAUCAGCGCUGCAAGUCCUGCUCCUAGUACUGGCUUCAGCCACAGCCUUGGGGGCCCUUUGAUUGCUACAGCAUUUACUAAUGGCUACCACUGAAAUGUAAAAUGAGUGACAGGAUUAGAUGGAUCAGCCCUACGCCAGACUCAUACCGAUGUGAUGGCGGCUGAAGCACUAUUAAUGUGUUGUGACAUAUUUCCUGUGUUACGAAUCACUGUCACAUCAGUCUAUAAACUAACCUCCUGUUCCUCUUAUAUAGAGCUAAACCUGUAAAUAAUUAGAAGAUUCCUCUGUUUGAAAAAAUAACAUCUUAAGUUUUUUGCUUCUUUCUGUAUUUUGUCUUUUUUCUCUUAGUUGUUCAAAGUUUUGUCUUUUUUGUGAUGCCUUUUUUUAGGCAUGUUGUAGGUUUGUAAUUGUAGAAAAAUCUAUCUAGUUUAACUCCAGUUACAAGAGCAAUAAUAUGUGUCUGAACCAUUUGGAUCUUUGUAGUGUAUAAAGGACUAAAUCAGUUUCAGAUGCAUUUGGUACAGUUUUUACAGAAGUAUGUAGUGAUAUCAAAUUGUAUAUUUGGUAGCUUCACAACUGGAUUUAUUACAUUGAUCAUGAAAAUAGUAGAAAUUAUAACAAGAACAUGUUUCUCAGACUUAGAUUGAACUUUGUUUUGUUUUUUUGUGUGUGUGUAAAAUAUUGUACAUAACCUACUGUGUUUUUGAUCUUGGUGAGAUGUUUAUUCCAUUAUGGGAUACGUCUGUAUUUGUGAUGAAGAAUUAGUUUUUUACACUCAAGAACAGAAACACCUGAUAGUCUUUGUUUGAAAAGUUGUUGUUGUUUGUUUGUUUUUGUUUGAUUAUUUUCAUUAUAUGAUGAACUUGAAUUUGUUUUAUUUUGUUCAUUGUGUUUUCGUUUAAAGAAGUGUGUGUGUGUGUGUGUGCGUGUGUGUGUGCGUGUGUGUGUUUUAAGUACGCAGGGUAAAUGGUUGCAAGAGAGUGAGUGCAUGUUUGAUGCUGUCAUAAUCUAAUGUAUUAUCUUUAGAAAGAUGAUUUCAAAUGUGAAUUUUAACCCCCUUAUGUCCCCCAAUGUUCAUAUUUUACAUUACUUUUACCAAGUUUAUAUCCAUAACACAAUUCCAUUAAUCUCCUUUAGAGGUUUAAAGUCUUGUAAUAAUUGGAUUAUAAAUAUCCUUCGAUUAAUUGAAGAUUCACAACUGGUAAAUAUAACACUAAUAUAAUGACACUUUCAACAAAGUAAAUUGUAUUAACAGGAUGACUGUUAAUAACUGAAACUCUUGUUGUUUCUUGUUUUAAGCCUGACCCUGUCUGAUAAAAUAAAAUAAAAAAGUUAUCAAGUAAAUUUGGAAAUUCUGAAUAAAUGAUUUCAAGUAUCAUUGACACUUCAGAACUCCUACAUGACUUAAAACCGUCUGCAGUGAGUCA